AUGAGUCUGAGUUCCAGGCAUGGAGGCAGGCGGGCUGGGCUGCGCUGUGUGCGUGUUGACCGGGGCCUCCCGGGGCUUUGGUCGCGCCCUGGCCCCGCAGCUGGCCCGGUUGCUGUCUCCCGGUUCCGUGAUGCUCGUAAGCGCACGCAGUGAGUCGAUGCUGCGGCAACUGAAGGAGGAGCUGGGCGCUCAGCAGCCUGACCUGAAAGUGGUGCUGGCAGCCGCCGAUCUGGGCACCGAGGCUGGCGUGCAGCGGUUGCUGAGCGCAGUACGCGAGCUCCCGAGGCCCGAGGGGCUGCAGCGCCUGCUGCUCAUCAACAACGCAGCCACUCUUGGGGAUGUUUCCAAAGGCUUCCUCAACGUGAAUGACCUAGCUGAGGUGAACAACUACUGGGCUCUGAACCUGACCUCCAUGCUCUGUUUGACUUCCGGCACCUUGAAUGCCUUCCAGGAUAGCCCUGGCCUGAGCAAGACUGUGGUUAACAUCUCAUCUCUGUGUGCCCUGCAGCCCUACAAAGGCUGGGGUCUGUACUGUGCGGGGAAGGCUGCCCGAGACAUGCUCUACCAGGUCCUGGCUGCUGAGGAACCGAGUGUGCGGGUGCUGAGCUAUGCUCCAGGUCCCCUGGACAAUGACAUGCAGCAGUUGGCUCGGGAAACCUCCAAGGACCCAGAGUUAAGGAGCAAACUGCAGAAGUUGAAGUCGGAUGGGGCGCUGGUGGACUGUGGGACUUCAGCCCAGAAACUGCUGGGCUUGCUGCAAAAGGACACCUUCCAGUCUGGAGCCCAUGUGGACUUCUAUGACUGUUAAGCUCAUGUCCUGUCACAGUGGCCCCCUUCUCCCCCCCCCCCCAAGCCCUGCCUAACACACAUAUAAGCCCUUCAACCCAGCCAGCAGCGAGCGGUGGGCACUGCCAGUCCUCGGAAGGCUUCUGCAGAGGCUUGGGAGCGAGCUGAUGUGCACUGGAGUUCUCUGUCCCCUGGAAGAGUGCUUUAGAGGUGGGAAGAGCAGGAGAAGCAGAAACACUGGACGGAUGAGGUUGAGGCUCUUGUUUGUGGUCAGUCUGUGGGGUGAGGAGGGUGGGCUCUGAUGCACAGAGAGGACGGAGGGCAUCACGUCUGGAUGGAUGCUCCUUGAACUUCAUUUGUUUGUUGUACUGCCUGCAUCCUGUGGUGUUCACUGGUCUUCCCUUGACUCUGGUCCAAAUACAUAGUUAUGAGGCAGAUGC